CGGCGGGUACCUGCGGCGGGAUCGGGCCCCGCGCUCGCCGAGCCGCGGCAGGGACAGCGGCGCUGCCCGCCCCGGAGUAUUAAGGUUUCUAAACUUCAGCAGCAAAGAAAGGCUGCCAUGUCGCUGGUGGGAAGCCAAGGCAUUCUCUCGGCCACCGAGAUCCUCACUGCGGCUGCAGUCUUCUGCCUGAUCUUCCUGCUCAUCCAGUCCUUCAGGCAGCAGGUCCCCAAGGGGCUGAAGAGACCCCCAGGACCAAGAGGCUACCCCAUCCUUGGCAGUGUGCUGGAGCUGAGGAAGAACCCACAUCUGGCCCUGACCAAGCUGAGCCAGAAGUAUGGGGACGUGAUGGAGAUCAGGAUCGGCACCCGGCCCGUGUUGGUGGUCAGCGGGCUUGACACCAUCAAGCAAGCCCUGGUGAAACAAGGAGAAGACUUCAUGGGGCGCCCUGAUCUCCACAGCUUCCAAUACAUUUCAAAUGGCCAGAGCCUGACCUUCAGCCCCGAGUCAGGAGAGUUGUGGAAAGCUCGCAGAAAGCUGGCCCAGAAUGCCCUGAAAACCUUCUCCAUUGCCCCCAGCCCAACCUCCUCUUCCACCUGCCUCCUGGAGGAGCACAUCUCCAAGGAGGCCAACUACCUGGUCACCAAGUUCCUGCAGGUGAUGGAAGAGGAGAAGAGCUUUGACCCGUACCGGUACCUGGUGGUCUCUGUGGCCAACGUCAUCUGUGCCAUGUGCUUUGGCAAACGUUAUGACCACAAUGACCAAGAGCUGCUCAGCAUAGUGAAUCUCGGCAAUGAAUUUGGAGAGGUGGCUGCUUCUGGCAACCCUGCUGACUUCAUCCCUGUGCUCCAGUAUCUUCCCAGCCGCCCCAUGGAAGUCUUUAAGGACCUCAACAGGCGAUUCAACUCCUUCGUGCAGAGAAUUGUCCAGGAGCAUUACACUAGUUUUGACAGGGAGCAUGUCCGGGACAUCACGGACUCGCUGAUCGAGCAUUGCCGGGAGACCAAGAAAGAGGAGAACACAAGCGUCCCGCUCUCCAACGAGAAGAUCAUCAGCAUUGUCAACGACCUCUUUGGGGCGGGCUUUGACACUGUUACAACUGCCCUUUCCUGGAGUCUCAUGUAUCUUGCCUUGUACCCCAACAUCCAGAAGAAGAUCCAGGAAGAACUAGAUCAGACCGUUGGCCGGCAGAGGAGACCGCGGCUGUCCGACCGAGGCACGCUGCCGUACACAGAGGCCUUUAUCCUGGAGAUGUUCAGGCACUCCUCCUUCCUGCCCUUCACUAUCCCGCACUGUACAACAAGGGACACUGUGUUGAAUGGCUACUACAUCCCGAAGGACCGCUGCGUAUUUAUCAACCAGUGGCAAGUGAAUCACGACGAGAAGCUUUGGAAGAACCCCUCAACCUUCAACCCGGAGCGGUUCCUCAGCGCUGACGGGUCUAAAAUAGACAGGACCGAGAGCGACAAAGUGAUGACUUUUGGCUUGGGGAAGAGGCGAUGCAUCGGGGAGUCCAUCGGCCGCUGGGAGGUCUUCCUCUUCCUGGCCACCUUGCUUCAGGAGCUGGAGUUCAGCCUCCGCGCCGGGGAGGAGGUGGACAUCACCCCCCAGUACGGCCUGACAAUGAAGUACAAGAAGUCCAAGUGCUUCCAGAUUAGGAAGCGCUUCCCGGUGAAGAGCUCUCCGUGAGCUGCGGCGCCCGGGCAGGAAGCAGCACUUUGGGGAAUAAAGCCGGCUUUCUGAGCCAGACACUGAGACUGCUUCAGCUACCGCUCUCUGGAAGGAGCCCGUCGCUGGCCGCCCCGCCGGCGGCUCGCUCACCGCACGCGAACGCGCCCGGGGCCGCGCAAAGGCGGCGGCGUUGGGGCCCGGGCGCCUCGGGGAGCGCGCCCGCUCCUCGCAGCCCGGGGAGCCGGCUCCAGCGCCGCGGCCCGCGGGGGCUCCGGCUCUCCGCGCCGCCCUGCCCUGCCGGGGGCUCCCGGGGGGGCGAAGGCUUCUGCCCCAACCCGCCACGCCGAACGGCGGCCGGGCCGUUCACAAAUCCGAGAUGUCGUUAGCUCAGCUCCUAACAACUCAAAAGAAUGAGGAAAAGGGGAUGGGAACCGGUAAGGGGGGCAGUAAAACACUUGUUGCUUUUGGACUAUGCACUGCUGCUACUUCAAUGACUUUUAUUUUAGCACACAAGUAAUAGAUGUAUAUAUUCAGACUAAUACCUCUUUCCCCCCCCCCCCGCAAUCUGUACGAGGUGUGUUUCUAUGCCAAAAUGUUCCUGCACCGCACAGUAUUUCUAACCCAAUAAAUGCUA